AUGGGCACUGAUUUUACUGCUCCAACCUCAAGGGGCUUCUACAAAAUUUUUAACCGGAUCCUCAGUUGCCAUCAGGUUGAGUGCGAAUUUCCUAGCUAUCAGGAGCUCAAAGUUUGGAUCCUUCAAUAUAUGGUGAAAGAGAUGCUACAUAAUGUGCAUGGGAUUAGAGAUACAUGGGCAAUAAUGUGGUCUAACAUCAUAGUAGAUGGGUGGAAGGAUGAGAAGGGAAGAAACUUGAUGAACUUCUUUGUUGAUUGCCCCAGGGUUCUAAUUUAUCUUAUUUUAUGUUACGUUUCAGCCUUGAUUGAUGAUGUUGAUGCCUUAGUGCUGUUGUUUGAACAAGUUAUUGAGGAUGUCGGGGUGCAAAAUGUGGUGCAAAUUGUUUCCCAUUCUACAUCAGAAGGUAUGGAAGCUGUGGGCCAUAGUUUGGUGGAGAAGUGCCAAACAGUGUUUUGGAGAGUUAGUGCAUCUCAUUGCAUAGAGAUGAUAUUUGAGAAGAUUGGGAUGAUGGGUAACAUUAGAGAGAUAUUGGACAAAGCCAAGACUGUCACAAGCCUCAGAAAAGUGGGGUUGGAGAAAAUGCUUAUCUCAGCUGAGUGGGAGACCUCAUGCUGGGCUUCCAGAAGAGAGGCGGAGAGGGUAGCUGAUAUUAUGGUGGAUCCCUAUUUCUUGAGUGGAGCUGAGAUGGUCCUAAAGGCAACUGUUCCUCUGGUGGGUGUUCAAUGCUCAAUCAUUGGGGGUGAUAAAGACAGUGCCCAUUUCAUACAAAAAUCUGCCAAUGCAUUUCUUAGCUUGCUUUGA